AUGAAGGAGGAGAAGGAGGAGGAGGAGGAGCUAAUUCGGACGGAAUCGAAGCGAAGAAAUUCUGAGUUCAUGCCACGACGAUCUAUAUGGAAGGGCAGUUUUGUUGAUGCAUUCCUGUUGAGAAUGCAGAAGAAAAGAGAUCUUCUUUUGAACAGGAAAAUUUGGUCACGUAGAUCUUCUAUUUCGCCGGAAUUCGUUGAUUGCUCCGUACGAAUUUACAAUGGAAAAACUCCUGUUCGUUGUAAGAUCACUGAAGGAAAGGUUGGUCAUAAAUUUGGAGAGUUUGCUUCUACACGGAAACGAAGACCUUCGAGAACAAAUAUUGGACCGGGAAGAAAAAAGGGGAAAAAGUAA